AAAGACGAUGGAAGCCAGAGCGAGCGUUACAGCGCCGGAAGAGGAGGUGAUGUGUGAGACCGACAGGAACGACCCGCAGGAGGACGCGGCUCCACCCACACGCGCAGUGAAGUGGUGGCGCACGCGCCCGACGGUGGAGCCGCUGGUGUUGCUGUUCAUGUUCUCCUACGUGGUGACGCACUCAGUGGUCAACGGGCUCUUCCUGGAGCGCGUGUGCGGCUCCAGCGACACCAGCGUGUGCACGAACGAGGACCGCGCCUACUCCAGCACCCUCACCACCUGGAAGACCAUCAUCGAAGCUAUCGUGCCCGCCGCUGUGUCGCUUUUCAUCGGCAGCUGGAGCGACAAGUUCGGACGUCGACCCAUCUUCAUCUGGUCAUUUGCUGGCAACGCCAUUGCGUACGGCGUGUUCUCCGGGCUGGCUGCGAUUCCAAACCUAGCGCCGGAGUGGUUGUUGAUGCCUUCAGUAGCGGCCACCUUCAGCGGCGGCAUGAUGAACCUCAUGGCUGUGGCCAACGUCUACAUCGCCGACGUCAGCCCUGCGGGGCAGAAGGAGCUGAGACUGGGGAUACUGGAUGCGGCGCAGUACUCGGCCAUGAUGCUGGGGUCAGGGCUGUCCACGCCGCUUUUCCUGGGCCUCAGCUACUACGGGGUGUACGCCCUGGCCGCCGGCCUCAUGCUGCUGUGUCUACUCUACUCCAUUUUCCUGCUGCCGGAGACCAUGGCGCCCUAUACGCCGCCUGAAGACGCGAGUUGCGGUUGCUGCAAGGGGAUCUUCCGCCCCCAGCUGGUGCGCGACGCGCUCAAGACGUCCCUGAUGAAGCGGCCUCAUCAUGGAAGGUCAACCAUCCUCAUUGUCAUCGUUGUCGUCGUCACUGGCGUCCUCAUCUCCCAAGGAGAAGGCGUCGCCAACUACCAGUUCCUGAACGCCAAGUUUCACUGGACCGUCGAACAGAGCUUGCUGUACGGUUUCUUCACCAACGGCACCACUGCUGUAGGUACCAUGGUGGGAGUGCUGGUGUUCGUACGCUGGCUCAAGCUGGAUGACGGCUGGAUAGCCCUCAUCACCUUCUCCUGUAAGAUCGCCGCCGCCAUAAUCUACUCGAUAUCUCCGGAGUCGUGGUAUAUGUUUCUAGGUGGGGCUAUCGCUUGCUUCGGAGCCUUGAUCUGGGUUCUGGUCAGAGCGAUGCUGACGAGGCUGGUCGCCAAGGACGAGAUAGGCCAGGUGUUCGCGCUGGCGGUGACCAUAGAGUCGGUGACCCCACUGGUGGGGCCUCCCAUGUACAACGCCGUCUUCAAUGCGUCCAUCAACACCUUCCCUGGAGCCUUCUACCUGCUCUCCGCCGGGAUCAUGGCUAUCGACCUCCUACUGCUGCUAUUCGCGAUCUUCCUAAACCGAGGAGCGAAGAGGGAGCAGCAGAGGCAGCAGGACCACACUGACAGCAAGACGGCGGCCCCCGAGUGAGUCUGGCCAGAUGGCUCGCCGCGGCUGUAGCCGUGUGACGGCCGCUCCACGAAUCUCAGCACGCGGCGCUGCGUGCGCCUGUCACCGUGGUCGCGUUCUUCACCCGCAGAGGGCCGCCAGAGGGGUCAGGGACCACACGGUGUGCGCGCGGCAUACCCCUAGCCGCUCCUGCCCUGCGUUCGUACGUCACUGCCCGCAAAAGGACGGCGUGGCUCUCCUGCCAUGCUGAAUGCCUUACAGCUUUUUGUAACAAUUCUUUUUUAUGUGUACUUAUUGUUGUAUAAAUAUUUACAUUCAAUUUUUCAAAAGAACCAGUUCUUUAAAAUCCAAGCCAACACCUUAGACACAUAUCUGAAACGGUUUGGUGUUUUUAUGAACAUAAAAAUAAAAUAUACUACAUGCGUUUCCUCCAAGGGCAUGUAUUAGCAACCGUAAUUAAAUGUACCAGGAAAGCAAAUAAACAUUUUAUACUUGUUUCCUAAAACACUGUUGUGCUUGACUUACUUUAUAAAAUCAUCUUUAACGGAAGCUUAAAAAAGACUUCUUUGAAUUAUCUUCUACGAAGUUUUUUGGAAACAACGGCAUCUUAGCCUUAGCCUGUUUUAAAUUACACAUAAAGCAUUUGCACAUAAUUUGUAUAUGACUGUAUAUAUUCGUCGUUACAAAAUAUUCU